AGCGAGCGAGCGGGGGGGGGGAGAGCCCCAGCCGCCCCCGCCGAGCUGGGCCCUGCUGCUCUGCGGGCCGAGGACAGGGACGCAAUGCGAAGCAGGAGGGCUGCGCGCCCUGCGGUGUUCCGAGGAGAGCGAGGCCGGGCUCCGGGCCGCGCGUGGCGGGCUCUCUGCAGCCCGCACUGUCGAGGUCCUAAGAGAGGACCUGGCCCCUCUGUCCCUCUCAGCUGGGGGCCGUGGGACUCCCCGAGACGACUCCAUUCCCUUCUCCCAACCCCGCGGAGUGACUCUCAGCCCUGUAUCGCUGCUGCGGCUGCUCAGGACAGAUUCUAGGGGCUGGGCCUCCGACCUCUUGGGGGGGCUGUGGAGCCCAUGCAGAUUGACGUGGACCCCCAGGAGGACCCACAGAAUGCGCCUGAUAUCAACUAUGUGGUGGAGAACCCCACCCUGGAUCUGGAGCAGUACGCAGCCAGCUACAGCGGCCUGAUGCGCAUUGAGCGGCUACAGUUCAUUGCUGACCACUGCCCCCCACUGCGGGUAGAGGCCCUGAAAAUGGCCCUGUCCUUCGUGCAGAGGACCUUCAACGUGGACAUGUAUGAGGAGAUCCACCGGAAGCUCUCAGAGGCCACCAGGGAGCUCCAGAACACACCAGAUGCCAUCCCUGAGAGUAGUGUGGAGCCUCCAGCCCUGGACACAGCUUGGGUGGAGGCUACGCGGAAGAAGGCUCUGCUGAAGUUGGAGAAGCUGGACACAGACCUGAAGAACUAUAAGGGCAACUCCAUCAAGGAGAGCAUCAGGCGUGGCCACGAUGACCUGGGCGAUCACUACCUCGACUGUGGGGACCUCAGCAAUGCCCUCAAGUGCUACUCCCGGGCCCGAGACUACUGUACCAGCGCCAAGCAUGUCAUCAACAUGUGCCUCAAUGUCAUCAAGGUCAGCGUCUACUUGCAGAACUGGUCUCAUGUACUGAGCUACGUCAGUAAGGCUGAGUCCACCCCAGAGAUUGCAGAGCAGCGAGGAGAGCGGGACAGCCAGACCCAGGCCAUCCUCACCAAGCUCAAGUGUGCUGCAGGGUUGGCUGAGUUGGCUGCAAGGAAGUACAAACAGGCUGCCAAGUGCUUCCUGCUGGCAUCAUUUGAUCACUGCGACUUCCCUGAGUUGCUGUCUCCUAGCAAUGUGGCUGUCUAUGGUGGCCUGUGUGCCUUGGCCACCUUUGACCGGCAGGAACUACAGCGCAACGUUAUUUCCAGCAGCAGCUCCUUCAAGCUAUUCCUGGAGUUGGAGCCACAGGUCCGAGACAUCAUCUUCAAAUUCUACGAAUCUAAGUAUGCCUCAUGCCUGAAGAUGCUGGAUGAGAUGAAGGACAACCUGCUCCUAGACAUGUACCUGGCUCCCCAUGUCAGGACCCUGUACACCCAGAUUCGCAAUCGUGCCCUCAUCCAGUACUUCAGCCCCUACGUGUCAGCUGACAUGCACAAGAUGGCAGCAGCCUUCAACACCACGGUGGCAGCCCUGGAGGAUGAGCUGACACAGCUCAUUCUGGAGGGGCUUAUCAAUGCCCGUGUGGACUCACAUAGCAAGAUCCUGUAUGCCCGGGAUGUAGAUCAGCGCAGCACCACCUUUGAGAAGUCCCUGCUGAUGGGUAAGGAGUUCCAGCGCCGUGCCAAGGCCAUGAUGCUGAGAGCAGCUGUGCUGCGCAACCAGAUCCAUGUCAAGUCUCCACCUAGAGAGGGGAGCCAGGGAGAGCUGACUCCAGCCAACAGCCAAUCUCGGAUGAGCACCAACAUGUGAGGGGCCUGCCAGCCUCCAGGACAGUCUGCACACCCUUCCCACCCCUGCAGAUACAUACCCCUGGACGCAGCUGGGCAUCCUUGUGCCCCUCUAUCCCACUGUGUCCUGUGCUGGGGGGGGUCUGGGAAGGCUGGCAAGAUGCCAACUGUGGGCCUUCCUAGAAGGAGGGAUCUGUGGGCUUCAACCCCAAAGGUCUCUACCCCCAGGAGCUGACUGUGGUGCCCAGAUUCCUCCUGUCCUUGCAUCGUCGUGUGGUGCAGAUGAGCUGACUAGUCCAUUAAAGAGCAAGUUGAACACUG